CGAAAGUGGUGGCACUAGGUGGUGACGCUCUGCCGCAUACCAAAGUCCCAAAAUGCACGCCACCAGGGCUGAAUGAUACUGGACCUGGCAAGCUGGCAGCAAAUUUCGGAUUCUGGGACAAGGUGGAGGCCAUCCAGGGCAGCAACACAGCGGCUGAGUGCGCGGCGCGUCUAAAUGCAUGUUCCCUGGCAUCAACACUACGCGCUUGUCCAGGAUUGUCUCUUCUGCAGUCAUCCAGCUACUGCAGCGGUGCUUGAAGCAGCCGAAAUGACAUCAAUCAUGCUGACAGCGAGGCAGGCUGGCGGCCGACCUCAACCCCUGUCACACUCCAUCAGGCUGCACGACGUGAUGCAGGCUGACCGGAUGUGAGAUCUCUGAUAAAUCCAAUGAC